UAAAAAAGCUGGAAGUCAGCAGCUGACCCAGUGCAUAGAGGAAGCAAGAGACGGGCAAAAGCUGAGCCUGAGGCAUGAGCUACAAUCACAUGUGAUGCUGGUGGAGCACAAGAACUGUUACAGCUUCAUCUUUACCUGCAGUUGCAAAAAAAACCCCCCAAAACCCAACAACAACAAAACAAAAAAGCAGGUGAGAUGGUUCUGGAGCUGUGGAUGGCGAUCCCCUUGGGGGUUGAAUGACCCUUUCACAGGUCUCAUAUCAGAUCUCCUGCACAUCAGAAAGAAGAAAAAGAAACAGCAGCCCUUAGCCCUCAGCCUCUGAAAACCUCGAAGACAAUCUGGAAUAGCAAUACCCACGCUUGCUUUGCUGCUUGACACCUUCUGCCCAGCAUCUGAAGUGAACCUCAAUCAUCAAUUGCUUUGUUUUUGGCCCAGGUCCAAGGCGUUCUGCCUUCUGUUGACUUGAGGCUGGAGAGAGACUGGUCUUGCUUGCUGUUGCCAACUUGUGAACCAGUGUGAUGGUGAAAUGAGAUGAGGCUCCGAAAUGGAACUGUGGCCACUGCGCUGGUGUUUGUCACGUCCUUCCUUACCCUGUCCUGGUAUACCACAUGGCAAAAUGGGAAAGAAAAAUUAAUUGCUUACCAACGAGAAUUCCUCGCUUUAAAAGAACGUCUUCGAGUGGCCGAACAUAGGAUAUCUCAGCGCUCCUCUGAGCUAAACACCAUUGUCCAACAGUUCCGCCGAGCUGGAGCGGAGACUAAUGGAAGUAAGGCUGGUCUGAGUACGUUCUCAGAUAAUACCAUAAAGCUUCUAAAAGAGUUGACAAGCAAAAAAUCACUUCAAGUGCCAAGUAUUUAUUAUCAUUUGCCUCAUCUAUUGCAAAAUGAAAGAAGCCUUCAGCCCGCCGUACAGAUUGGCAGUGGAAGAACGGGAGUUUCAAUAGUCAUGGGGAUUCCUACUGUGAAGAGAGAAGUUAAAUCUUACCUCAUAGAGACCCUUCACUCCCUUAUUGAUAAUCUGUAUCCUGAAGAGAAGCUGGACUGUGUUAUAGUUGUCUUCAUAGGAGAGACAGAUCUUGAUUAUGUUCACAGCGUUGUUGCCAACCUGGAGAAAGAAUUUUCUAGAGAAAUUAGUUCCGGCUUGCUAGAAGUAAUCUCUCCUCCUGAAAGCUAUUACCCCGACUUAACAAACCUGAAGGAGACGUUCGGAGACUCCAAGGAAAGAGUAAGAUGGAGAACGAAGCAAAACCUGGACUAUUGUUUUCUGAUGAUGUAUGCUCAGGAGAAGGGCAUUUACUACAUUCAGCUUGAAGAUGAUAUUAUUGUCAAGCAAAACUAUUUUAAUACCAUAAAAAAUUUUGCACUUCAACUUUCUUCUGAAGAAUGGAUGAUUCUAGAGUUUUCCCAGCUGGGCUUCAUUGGGAAGAUGUUCCAGGCGCCGGACCUAGCUCUGGUUGUGGAGUUCAUUCUCAUGUUCUAUAAGGAGAAGCCCAUUGACUGGCUCUUGGACCACAUUCUCUGGGUGAAGGUCUGCAACCCCGAAAAAGAUGCCAAACACUGCGACAGACAGAAGGCAAACCUACGAAUCCGCUUCCGACCCUCCCUCUUCCAGCACGUGGGUCUACACUCAUCUCUGUCGGGGAAAAUUCAGAAACUUACGGAUAAAGAUUACAUGAAACCAUUGCUUCUCAAGAUCCACGUGAACCCGCCUGCAGAGGUCUCCACUUCCCUGAAGGUGUACCAAGGGCACACACUGGAGAAGACCUACAUGGGGGAAGACUUCUUUUGGGCCAUCACCCCCACAGCUGGAGACUACAUCUUGUUUAAAUUUGAUAAACCGGUCAAUGUGGAGAGUUAUUUGUUCCACAGCGGCAAUCAAGAGCACCCAGGGGACAUCCUGCUGAACACGACCGUGGAGGUUCUGCCUCUUAAGAGCGACAGUUUGGAGAUCAGCAAAGAAACCAAAGACAAACGAUUAGAAGAUGGCUAUUUCAGAAUAGGGAAAUUUGAGUACGGAGUUGCAGAGGGAAUUGUGGAUCCUGGACUGAACCCUAUCUCAGCCUUUCGACUGUCGGUUAUUCAGAACUCUGCUGUCUGGGCCAUUCUCAAUGAGAUUCAUAUUAAGAAAGUCACCAGUUGAUCUGCUUAGAAACCAACACGUCCUUUCUUGUGACUCUUGAUUAAAGAUACUGAGCACGCCGUCCUCUUCUGCUCUGACUUGAACACUACCUCUCGUGAAGCCUACUGUAGAUAAGAUGAUUACCAUCUCCACUUGGGCAGGGACCCUUCCCACCGACAACUGCAUUCAUUUGAAACGAGGCUGUCCUCCAAAUUUGAACUUGACACAAACAUUUUACAAUUCUGACAGCCUGGUAACACGCCUGAGACUAUUUUGGUAUUAUACUAAUACACAAGAGUUGUACAUAUUGUUACAUUCCUUAAAAUUUGAGAAAACUGAUGUUAAAUACAUUUUGUGAAGGGGGUACUUUUGAAGUUCACUUAUUUUACUAUUAUAGACCCUCUUUUAUAGACGAUCAGGGAUGUUAUAUAUAUAUAAAUAUAAAUAUAUAAAUACACAUGAAGAUGUUAUGAAGUUAAUUUAUUAGAAGUACUUAAGAAGUACAUAUUUUUGUGCAGUAAAGUUUUGAAUCAACACCUUUUUUUGAAGAAGCGGUUCCUGGCUUUUUUAAGUUCCUUCUAUAUUUUUAUUUGUAGAUGCAGACAUUCUAGAUCAACGCCAUUUUUUUCCAGUGCACUGCCAUUCCAGAUUGGUUCUAGAUGGGUUUCUUAACUUGAAGUACUUUUAUAAUCACAGCAAUUCUGAACAAAAUAUUUUCAGAGGCAUUUGUCAUUCCUAAAAAAACAAUCAAGAUUUUAAAAGACCAGAGCCCUCUGGAGGGUUAUAUUACUGUACUGUGUGUGGUGUGUAGCCACAGAAACCCGUGUGAUUGUCAGUGUCGGGUGGGAGGCCCUGCCUCGUCUCCAUACACUCCUUCACCCCCUCAUAGUUCCCUCCAUGUGGGUGACGAGACUCCUUUCCCUUUUGCUCUGUCUUUAAUCAGUAGUUAGACACACUGUCUUCUUUUCUCCCUGGUCCUUUUAUAGACCUGUGGUGGGUUUUGACGUUCAGAUAAUGUUUCCUGGGUAAUGCUGUUGGAUGAGUCAUAUUGGGUAUAAUUUUACAACCAACAUUGUUAUGUGGGGCUCUGGUGAAAGACAACCGUAGCGCUUCUAGGUUUCCACAGCAUGUUUGCUCUGCUAUGUCCUGAAUGCAAGGGUGAACGCGUGUGCAGUCCCAAGAAGGGCUAGUUGGCAAACGUGCUUUACUCUUACACUUAGGAAGGCCGGGCAAGUUGCCAGUCUUCUCUGGCUCUCCAGGAGCUGCGCAUGCCCAGCAGGUGUGGGGGCCUAGGUGUGGAAGUUCCCAGCUGGUGGCCUCCACCCUGGAACUUUCUCAGUUGCCCAGUGUAUGGAACACAGUACAAAGCAGCAGCCAUUUUGUAUGUUCUGACUGGGGAAACGUAGAUAAACACUACUGUGCAUGUCAAAGCCCAGCUGAAGCUUUUCUUGGUGUUUUGUAAACUUUGUAAACAUGGUGUUUUAUUCAAGUUUUUAAUUUCUUCUCUGAUUUCCUUUGCCCUGUGCCCACAAGCACAUCCUUAGAAAAUUUAAGCACUAUCUUCCCACACUCAAGUGUGCAGCAGGGUAACAGACUGAAACCAUGCGGAUGGAUGCAGGGGCCCUUUUAGGUCUCUGCUUUCUCAGUGGCUGCAAGUUCAGAGCUUUGAAAAUCCAGUGGGUCACUUGACUGUCUCCUGCGUGGGUCUUUGAGCUGUCCUCCCGCCAGGCUCCUCUCAUUUGUCUUGCCUGUAGGGACUCUUAGCCAAGUCCUUUCCUUCAUUCCAGGAAUCCCUUUUCCCUUUGUGCGCUUACUCCCAGUGCCUAGAACAUGCCUGAGCCUCGGCAGGUUCUUUUAGCAUCUGGAUGAGUGGAUUAACUAGCCAGGUUGCUCACAUCUCUCUCCGAGCACUAUUUGCCUGCUAUCUUGUCAUGCAUGGGCACACACACUCCGUGUCUAGUCUUCAUUCUGUGUGGUGUGUGUUCUCCAACACACUCCGAGCUCUGGAGGCCAGCUCUCCUGUCUUCCACGUCAGGUGCUCAUUUGAUCCAUCAGUGUUAGUUGCUCUCACUUUUGUGCCCAGUUCAGCACUAGACUAUCAGAAACAGUUUGGUUGGCCCAAGCAAGAUUUUUGUGGGAGCCCUGGAGAUUUGUGAAGGUAAAGACUAGAGGAGGUGAAGCCAGAGUACUUAGAACUGCAAGGUGUCCACCUUGUGGGCAACCAACGGACCUUCACCCACAGUGAAUGGGAAAAGUGCCAAAUACAGUACCAAUUAUUUCUGUGAAGUAGAUGGUGGUUGGUACCAGUGUAUUUCAGAUACUCCAGACUCUAGAGUGGUGCUGGCCUCUACAGAAGCCACACAUCUGUUGAAAUGAAAUGUUGAGUUCUGUGCCCAUGUUGGCAGCAUUUGGAGUGGUCAGCGGCCACAUGGCCAGCAGCCACCAUAUUGGAUCCCAGAAAUAUGGGACACUGACAUCAUGGUUCUGCUGGUCAUAAAUAUAAGCAUUCUAGAAAGGAGUGAUGCAUCCUGCUGCUGUGAUUAAAAGUAGACCUAUGGAUUCAUGGUAGUACAGGUGAAGGUGUGUAUUUUGAUGGGACGGCCAAAAUUGCCUGGCUACAUGUUAGCAUUAUGAUUCUUCCCAGCAUGCAUUGUUUCAGUGUCCCCAAGAGGUACAUUUGAAAAGCAUGAGAAGUGAAUACAGGUGGAUGAUUUAGUUUGUAGCCUAGAUGUGUGUUAUGUCCGUCAGAGUGUGUUUGAACAAAUGUCAUUGGUUACAUGCAAAAGAUUAUUUCAAAAGCUGUCAGGAAAAGUUGAGAGAUUAGAGUUCUUUUUAGUCUUUCAGAAUUACAAGAACUAUAGUUCUCAACAGUGCUGUCUCUCAAGGAAGUUUGCUUAUGUGGAAAGAGGUGUUGUUAGCAAAGGUUUUUCCAGUUAAUAAGUGUGUAUCUGUCAUAUGCAGGAUUCUAAGAAUGACCCCUCCCAUGACUUUGUAUAAUAUCCUCCUCCCCUUCUGAGUAUAGCGACAACUGUGACCAUGUCAUGUCUUGUUACUUAACAAAAGGGAGAUUACCUGUCAGUGGCUGAUCCAAUGUUGAGAGUCAUGUCAGGCUGGUACAAGUGAGAGACAGCAGCAGUAGAACUCUGAACAGCAUUGCUGGGCCUGCCUUAAGGAGCCAGAGGCUUUGUUACCCACUGAGUGGGAGCUGCAGACCUUUUGCCACAGGACCAUUUGACCCAGACACUUAACCGGUUUGGACAUGGAAAUGCUUGGGCGAGCAGUCAGCUGGGUAAACCUUCCCUGCAGCUUUGUAAGCGGGGCCCUACCUAGGCUUCUGAUGUGCAGCAGUGGGUAAGAAAUUGGCAGUGCUGUACGUGGCUAGGUUUGUGUUUUGUAAAAAGUAACAAUCUCAGUCCUGAGAAGGCUUCAUAUGUGAUUGCCUGCAGUGACUGGUUUUUAAGACAAGGUCUCAUCUUGCACCCCAGGCUGGUUCUCCCAGUUCUGCCCCUCAAGUGUCGAUGUGCAUCACCAUGCCCAGUUGACUGAUGGCUUUUGACAUAAGAAUAAACUUGUUCCUAGCAAGCCCUAUUCCUGGCUCUCUGCUAGGAUGCUUGGUGCCAGGACCCGUCUCCACUACUAGCCAGACUUGCGUUAUUUUUUGUUGUGUAAAACUGGCAGGAUGAAGCUGAAGGUGUGGGCUGUAGGCAUCUUCUCCUAGAUACUCCUAAAUUGUACUGACUUAAAGGCCUGCCGGAAGUAGGGGGAAGAAUGAGGAACAGUAUUUUAGAUCAGAUCAACAAGAAGAAAAAUUCCCACCGUCAUGUCGAUUUGCUGGUGUGUCCAACCUUCUGACAGUGCAGUGGGACACUGUUCUCUACAGAGUCCAGGCUCAAGAACCUCACGGUCCAGUUACAAAAACAACGAAACUGUUAAAAAGCUUUGAGUAAGUUUACAAUUUUGUAUUGUGCCAUUCAUUGCUGUCCUGGGCCACAGGCUGAACAUACCUGCAAGAGCUUCAGCUACGACAGCUGUAAUUUUUAAAAGAUCACUUAGCUGAGUAGCUCACGGGUCAAACCCUGUAUGUUCCAAGGUUUUGUAUUUACAUGUUUCCCAAAAUACCAUGCUUAUUGUUGCUAUUAUUCAACCAUGCUGCUGUAGCCUUGAGGGAAAUAAACAGAACUGAAGGAAAGGAACCCAGAGGUUAAACACUGUCGUCAUCUUCGCAUGGUGAGGGAUCGAGUCCCAGUUCAAGACUUCAGGGAAGGGCAUUCCCAAGCCACGUAGCAACAUUUACGGCUUGUAAAACUUAAACUGUGAUAGUUGUGAGGACUUAAAUGAUUAAUAUUAACAUAGAUGCUAUGCUAAUUAAUAUGCUAAAUUUAAUGCAUGUGAACAUAUGAUGCUACAAAGAUGACCACAGUCUUUACAAAGAGCAAAAGAAUAAAACCAACCAACCCACCCAAGGGUUUUGUUACUCGUGCCCCUGUACUCUAUCACUAGCUAAACAGACCUUUGUUGUUUCUGAAAUGCUCCCUUUUCCAGUUUCUGCACUACCUAAGGAUGCAAGUGUGAGAGCAGACAGGCAGCAGGUGGCCCUGUGUGAGCAGGGGCCGGAGAAGGACUGGAAGUGUCCGUGCAGGCACACAGGCGGCCACUGCGAGUGCAGCGGGAACCCCUGGACUGCAGAGGGAUUCUUGCUGCUCUCAACACAUGUGUUGUGGGAACAGCUAGGUACUUGUGAUACUAAGGAGGCUGCUUCUUGAAGCUGCUCUGCUGCUGAGUUAGCAAUUAUCCCAAAAUACAGAGUGGGGUCCUUUAGCUUGCGUAGCAUUCCACCCUUUAUUGGAAAUGCUCCAGCGCUGUGUAAGAGGACCUGAAGCGCAUUCUCUUGAGCCUUACAAAGAGCUGCUGGGACAGUACUGUCCAGUCCACUAAGCUCACACCUCUUUCCCCCAGUGGAGUCAAAGACGCUCAGUUGGUGCACGUCCUCCACAAGGCUGUCUUCACACUGGGGGACGUUCUGGAGUCUUGCUAGGUUGUACCAGGUCCUCUUUUCCUCUGCUCACAAUGUCUUUAUGGGUUGAACAUUAACUGCAGUAAUAUUUGAGGUACCUGUUGAAUUUUUAAAGGCAGAUUAUUUAUUUUUAAGUUUGCUGCUAUAAUCGAAACCUAAUAAUGUCCUGUUGACUGUGCCUUUCAUAACUGUCUCUGUGCUACAACUGUCCAUGUGUAUUUGAAAUAAAGAUGUUUGAAAAGCUAUGUUGAAUCAAGAUUCCUUCUAAUAAAAAUGGCUUAAACCAAA